AUGGCUUUUAUUGUUGAGUUGUGGGAAUCGAUAUUCACUCCUGGAACUACACCUGCGUUAAUCAAGGCCACCCAUGCCUCGUUUAUUUUAUUACUCACAUCGCUAGCCACUUUUGUUUAUUUGACAAGAUCAAUACAUUUUGUUAAUUUGCUAGUCAUUGCCACUUUGUUGUAUGGAACUGUUAUUUGGUUCAUCAAUGAGCUUCAGCAAGUCAAACUAAAAGAUAACGAAGAGUUGAAUGCCAAAAGGGAAGAAGGAGAGAAAGCUGGAGAAAAAGAGACAACCACCCUGAACACAACAGCGACAAUCGACAAGCCCAAAACUACCAAUGGUGAUGAAACUGUUACUACGAGAAAAAGGAAAGCAUAA